UGGCGGCAGUGGGCUGAGGUCCUGGAAUUUUUCAACCAUGGCUUCGGAGGAGCCGCUUGUGGCUGUGACCUGCACGGCGCCGGUCAACAUCGCGGUCAUCAAGUACUGGGGAAAGCGAGAUGAGGAAUUGAUCCUGCCCAUCAACUCUUCUCUGAGUGUCACUUUGCACCAAGACCAGUUAAAAACCACUACGACAGCUGUCAUUAGCAAGGACUUCACCGAGGACCGGAUUUGGCUGAAUGGCCGGGAGGAGGACAUAGGCCAGCCUCGCAUCCAGGCCUGCCUGAGGGAGAUCCGUCGCCUGGCCCGAAAGCGGAGGAGUGGUGAUGAGGGAGACCUGCCACCUCUCAGCCUCAGCUACAAGGUUCACAUCGCAUCGGUGAAUAACUUCCCCACAGCCGCAGGCCUGGCCUCCUCAGCUGCAGGCUAUGCCUGCCUAGCCUACACCCUGGCCCAAGUCUAUGGAGUCGAGAGUGACCUUUCAGAAGUGGCUCGCCGGGGCUCGGGCAGCGCCUGCCGGAGCCUGUACGGCGGCUUCGUGGAGUGGCAGAUGGGGGAGCAGGCUGAUGGGAAGGACAGCGUCGCCCGGCAGGUGGCCCCUGAAUCACACUGGCCCGAACUCCGAGUCCUUAUCCUUGUGGUGAGUGCUGAGAAGAAGCUGACUGGCAGCACAGUGGGCAUGCAGACCAGUGUGGAGACCAGCCCCCUGCUCAGGUUCCGGGCUGAGGCAGUGGUUCCGGCGCGCAUGGCAGAGAUGAUCCGCUGUGUCAAAGAGAGAAACUUCCAGGGCUUUGGCCAGCUAACUAUGAAGGACAGCAACCAGUUUCAUGCCACCUGCCUGGACACCUUCCCUCCCAUCUCUUAUCUCAACGACACUUCUAGGCAUAUCAUCCAUCUGGUGCACCGCUUCAAUGCCCACCAUGGGCAGACCAAGGUGGCAUACACAUUCGACGCAGGCCCCAACGCUGUGAUCUUUACCCUGGACGACACUGUGGCUGAGUUUGUGGCUGCCGUGAGGCACAGCUUUCCUCCUGAGUCAAACGGAGACAAGUUUCUGAAGGGGCUGCCUGUGAGGCCUGCCCCACUCUCAGAUGAGCUCAAAGCUGCACUGGGCAUGGAUCCCGCCCCCGGCAGAAUUAAAUACAUCAUUGCCACUCAGGUGGGGCCUGGGCCUCAAAUCCUGGACCACCCUCAUGCUCACCUCCUGGGCCCCGAUGGCAUGCCGAAGCCAACAGCUUGACCGCCUCCAUGACUGGAGCCCUGGCCGCUACUUAGAGAAGCAGCUGCUUUGUUGGGACUAGGGAGCUGGGUGUGGUGGCAGCUGUGCCAUGCUUGUUGGGACUGGUGAUUGGCCACCUGGCCCCGGGCUGGGCAAAGUGGCAAGUGGAGGCAGUGGAGUGACCACCUGUAGGCUCCCAGGUGGUCAGGAGCAGCCCCCCCCAAGUGCCUCACCUUCCCCAUCUGUGCUUUGCUGAGAUGGGGGCUGGGAUGGGAUGUGGGACCUAGUGGAUCCAGCCGAUAGAAGUGAGCUGCUGGUGUGUCCCCCAUGAAGGAUCUCUGACCCUGAGCUCUGGGGCCACUCCCACUGGCCAAAACAGGAGCUGUUUCGCCUGAGAUGAUGAGGAGUUGACAUCCCUUUUUGGAGCUGGAGGACUGGUCACUGUUCAGAAAGCAACCUCUGCAAGCUCAGGAUCCCUCUACAAAGUGCUUUGAGCAUGACAGUCAUCCUAGCUCUGCCAGAGCUCAGGCCACUGGGUGUGGAUAGAACGUUUCUUUGUACAAAGACCAGGCGUGUGUCUCCAGUGGGAGGUGGGAGAGCAGCCCAAGAUGCAUCGUCACACGGGAGCCCCAUUGUCACAAGGAGUCCUGUCAGCUGGCCACUAGGAAUAAAGCCAGAGUUGCUGAUGGGG